AUGGACUGCGUUGUCUGUACAUCAAUGCCAGUUAUACUAAGGCCUCCCAGGAAUACAAUAUGUGGGGCUUGCUAUGAGGGAGCUAGGGCCAUAAUCAGCCUCAUAAACAAGCUUGAAACUGAGAAAGGAACUCACCAUAGUCCUCCAAAUUCCUGUAAGACACUCGUAGAUGUUUCACGUUGGGUGUCGGAUAGGAAGGACAAAGAAGAUGCACUAAAAGAGGAAGUAAGCUUUCUACGGGCUGGUUUCUUCACUGCACUUAAAGAUCAAAUCCACACCGACAUACAGCUCAAGCCAGGCAAUAAUGGGCUUUCCGUGCCGGCCCAUAGAGCCUUACUGGCAACCAGAUCACAAAUCUUUAAAAACAUGCUAGACUCAGAUGAAUGUAAAGCACCACCAAUGGACACGAUAACACUGUCGGAGUUGAACUUCGAAGAGCUCGAGUGUCUUCUGGAGUUCCUCUAUACGGGGAGUUUGGCUAAAGAAAAAAUGGAGAAGCAUGUGUACUCAUUGUCGGUUGCCGCCGACAAGUACGAAAUCUCAUAUUUGCAGAAAUUUUGUGAGCGUCAUAUGCUUGGGUCAUUGAAUUCAUCGAACGCUCUUGAUGUUUUAGAGAUCUCAGAUAUUUGUUCCUACAUAUCGUUGAAGGAGACAGCUUUGAACUUUGUUGUCAAAAACAUGCAGGAUAUAGCAUUCUCAGUGAGAUAUGAUGAAUUUGCACUCAAGAACCCACAUCUCUGUGUGCAGAUGACAAGGGCAUCGUUGAUGGAAGCCAAAAAGAAAAUGAUUUCAUUGUAA